AUGACUGGACUCCACGAUCAUCCUAAAAGACGAAAACUCAUGAAGUACGCGGGAUACGGUGUGCAGAAAGUGCCAAUGUUAUUUCAUCCCUUUGCUAUAAUAGACGGUGAAGAGACGCAACAGGACGAAAACACGAACAAUGCAGCGAACGCGCUAGGAGAGGACAGUCGAUCACGCAUGACAGCUGUUUCUACGGAAUCUACGGAAGCGCAGAGUGGACAAAGACAAUCAGGUACUUCUUUUGCAAAUUCUUUACAAUACCAGAGACUUCCAAAACUAACACUUACGGUAUUUAGUGGUAAUAUUAUUGAGUGGCAGAGUUUUUGGGACGCUUAUGAAUCUACAGUUCAUCUAAAUCCUAAUCUCAGUGAAGUGCAAAAAUUUAAUUACCUCAAGAAUCAGCUAGAGGGCAGUGCAGCUCAAACUAUACAUGGAUUUGCUCUGACAAACGCGAAUUACAUCCAAGCAAUCAAUCUACUGAAAGAAAGGUACAGACAAAAACACAAGAUUGUUCAUACAUACAUGCAGACGUUAUUGAAUAUCCCAGCUCCAAGUUAUACAUUGCACGGCUUGAGAAAUUAUAUAGACAAAUUAGAAUCUUACAUUCGCGGUUUGGAGUCGUUAGGCGAGUGUCAAAGUAACUAUGGGACUUUGUUAGUGCCAGUGAUAAUUGACAAGUUACCAGCAGAAAUUAGAAAGAAUUUAGCGAGGGAACAUGGAAGUGACAAUUGGCAGCUAGACGAAUAA